AUGGGAUCCCUGGCUUCCUCCGUGGCCCUUUGCGCCCCGAAGAUGAUACCACAAGCUUUGGCCAACUGCCUCUGGGCCUGUGCUGAGCUGGUGGAUGAGGCACCUAUUGUUGCGCGGGCAGUCCCUGCCCUGGCGGCCCACGCGGCCACUGCAGCUGCACGGAUGAAGCCGCAGGAGCUCAGCAACUGUCUCUGGGCCUCAGCGCAGCUGCAGCAGCAUGUGCCGGAGGCUACAGUGCCCGCCCAAGCCUUGGCCACUUGCAUGACAUAUGCUGCUCACAAAAUGAAGGAGCAAGAGCUGAUCAACAGCCUUUGGGCUGCCACUUGCUUAUCACAUGCCGUGCCAGAGGUACUUGUGGCUGUGCCGGCCAUUGCCCAGCACCUACCAGGAAAGGCCAUCGGAAUGGUGUCACAGAACAAGGAAGCAACCGGCGAUCGCACUUGA